AUGGCGGACUUAGUGCCUGCCAUAUGGCAUCCUGUACCUUUGGGUCAAGUAGAAAACUCGGCGAAAGAUAGAUCGUCAGGACCGUUUCAAGUCAUCAGCGUGAUAAGAGCAUGUGAGAUGAUGCUGCACGCGUGGAACAACUAUAAGCUGUAUGCCUGGGGCAAGAACGAGCUGAAGCCGAUGUCGAAGCGAGCUCACUUGUCGAGCGUGUUCGGUGCAGGCGAGCUUGGCGCCACCAUCGUUGAUGGUCUCGAUACUCUGUACCUCAUGGGGCUCAACGACGAAUUCCGAGAAGGACGGGACUGGGUCGCUGAACAUUUGCAUAUUAAUGAAAUUGAUUCCGACUUGUCUGUGUUCGAAACGACGAUCCGGUUUGUUGGAGGUCUCCUGUCAUGUUUCGCGCUGACCGGAGACACAAUGUUCAGAGACAAGGCGGCGGAAGUGGCCGACGCCUUGCUGCCAGCAUUCGACACACCCACCGGGUUGCCAUAUGCUCUCAUCAACCCGUCCACCAAGGCAAGCCGUCAAUACCACUGGGCGGGACCGAACAGCAUCCUAUCUGAACUGGGAACGCUCCAUCUGGAGUUCACCUACCUCAGUGACGUCACGGGCCGUGAUAUUUACAGGCAGAAGGUGAGUCGCAUCCGUGAGGUUUUGGAUCAGAUCGACAAACCUGGCGACUUGUACCCCAACUUCAUCAACCCACGGACUGGACAAUGGGGACAAAGGCACAUGUCGCUUGGCGCUCUAGGCGACUCAUUCUACGAGUACCUGCUGAAGGCGUGGCUGAUGUCUGGCGGCGCGGACGAGCAGGCUCGCAUCAUGUUCGACACAGCUAUGCAGGCGGCGCUCGACAAAAUGCUUCGUGUCUCGCCCUCCGGCCUUGCUUACCUAGCUGAGCUUAAGUACGGACGUAUCAUUGAAGAGAAGAUGGACCAUCUGUCUUGCUUCGCUGGCGGUAUGUUCGCGUUGGCGUCGACUACCCUCGACAAUUCGAUGUCGGAGCGUUAUAUGGACGUGGCUAAGAAGCUGACACACACCUGCCAUGAGAGCUACGCGCGAUCCGAGACCAAACUCGGCCCUGAGGCAUUCCGAUUCUCCAACGCGGCUGAAGCGCGUGCGCAGAAGAGCAAUGAGAAGGUGUACCUCCUGCGACCUGAGACUUUUGAGAGUUACUUCAUCAUGUGGAGACUGACCAAGCAGCAAAUGUACCGCGACUGGGCCUGGGAGGCUGUUCAGGCCCUGGAGAAGCACUGCCGCGUGGAAGGUGGCUACACCGGGCUCGUGAACGUAUACCACCCCAACCCGCAAGGAGAUGACGUGCAGCAGAGCUUCUUCCUCGCCGAGACACUCAAGUACCUAUACCUGAUAUUCGCUGACGAUUCGUUCCUGCCGCUUGACGAGUGGGUGUUCAACACCGAAGCCCAUCCGCUACCGAUCAAGGGCAAGAACCCGCUGUACCGUGGCGUUGACAAGCCGGUCCUUCCGGAACCUGCGCACGCGCAGAACAACAGGAUAUAAGAACAUCACUCAAGUAAUUUGUUAAAAAAAUGUUUCUUUUCACUAGA